AUGUAUGUAUGUAUGUCUGUCACGAAAUUCCUUAGCUCCUUUAGAUCUGCCUGGAGAGACCGAGUCGAGCGUGGGAUGGGUGAGCCAUGUCUGAGAAGUAUAAAGCGCACAUCAGCUUGGCGGAGCCACGCCCACAGUGGGGGUGGCGUGUAUCGAAAUGAACUGUUGUUGCGAUUCCAUUGUCGAGAUAAUGGGGCACGCACACGCAUAUACUCCCACGAUAUUCAGUGCGUUGUUUAUAAAAGUGUAACCGAGACUUGUCUACCAUUCUUUAGGAGCAAAGCGUGUUUCAAUUGUCGUCAGCAGGGCCAUGUGUUGGCAGAUUGCCCAAAUCGUGAUGACAUUUGUUUCAAAUGUGGGUCUACGGAGCACAGUGUGCACAAAUGCCCUCGUAAGCAUGUUCAAGGAUUUCCCUUCGCAAAAUGUUUUGUUUGCGGUUGUCAAGGGCAUUUAUCAAGAGACUGUGAGAAAAACGCUCAUGGAAUUUAUCCAGAUGGUGGCUGCUGCAACAUGUGUGGUUCGAAAAGGCACUUGAAACGUGAUUGUCCUGAACUGGCUGGACAAAAACAGCGAAAAGACGAAAGAGGUCUGUUCGCACGUUGCCAUGGUACUGUUCUGAAACUUUUUCAUGUGAGGGCUGACUUUUCCCCACCUGAACAUUCACCAAAGUAG